AUGCAGGCGAUGGCUCCCGCCACACCCGCCUCCAUUGUGGGGUCCAGCCGGAGGCUGCGCCAGCAUCGCCCCGGUCCCCCACCCCAUGGCCAGUGGUUUCAUUUCCGUGUGCCUCUGGUGUCCAAGAUCUGCCCCAGUGACACCUACAAGGUGUGGAAGAGCGGCCAGAACCUGCGGGUGGACACCACACUGCUGGGCUUCGACCAUAUGACCUGGCAGCGGGGCAACCGCAGCUUUGUCUUCCGAGGACAAGACACCAGUGCGGUGGUGAUGGAGAUUGACCACGACCGGCGGGUGGUCUACUCGGAGACGCUGGCCCUGGCCGGCCACGACCAGGAGGUGCUGCUGGCUGCUGUGCAGCCCACGGAGGAGCAGGUGAUGGGGCGGCUGACAGCCCCCGUUGUCACCACCCAGCUCGACACCAAGAACAUCGCCUUCGAGAGGAACAAGUCUGGGAUCCUGGGCUGGAGGAGCGAGAAGACAGAAAUGGUGAAUGGGUACGAGGCCAAGGUCUAUGGCGCAUCCAACGUGGAGCUGAUCACGCGGACGCGGACUGAGCACCUCUCGGACCAGCACAAGGGCAAGAGCAAAGGCUGUAAGACCCCUCUACAAUCCUUCCUGGGCAUCGCUGAGCAGCACGUGGGGCCCAACAACGGGACACUGAUCACGCAGACGCUGAGCCACGCCAACCCCACCGCCAUCACCCCUGAGGAAUAUUUCAACCCCAACUUUGAGCUGGGCAACCGGGACAUGGGACGGCCCAUGGAGCUCACCACCAAGACACAGAAGUUCAAGGCGAAGCUGUGGCUGUGCGAGGACCACCCGCUGUCCCUCUGCGAGCAGGUUGCCCCCAUCAUCGACCUCAUGGCAAUAAGCAACGCGCUCUUCGCCAAACUGCGGGACUUCAUCACCCUGCGCCUCCCGCCCGGCUUCCCUGUCAAGAUCGAAAUCCCCAUCUUCCAUAUCCUCAACGCCCGCAUCACCUUUGGCAACCUCAACGGGUGUGACGAGCCCGUCAGUUCCCUGCGGCACAGCCCCAGCAGUGAGGCGCCCUCACCCAGCAGCGACUCCUCCAGCGUCAGCAGCUCCAGCUCCCUCACCUCGUGCCGAGCGUGCGAGAUGGACCCGGCGCUGUUCGAGGUGCCGCGGGGGUACAGCGUGGUGGGCACCCACCAGGAUGCCCUGAGGGAGGAUGAGGAUGACCUGCUGCAGUUUGCCAUCCAGCAGAGCCUGCUGGAAGCUGGCAGCGAGUACGACCAGGUGACCAUUUGGGAAGCACUGACCAACAGCAAGCCGGGCACCCACCCCAUGUCGCACGAAGGCCGCCGGGGAGACAGGACUCCCCAGCACACGUGGGGUGCCCAUAUGCUGGGGCACCCCAGGAGCAAGAUGCAACUGAUGCUAGUGGAGGGGGGGGGUCAGGGUCCAACCUCCUCCCUGCCCCUUCGUCUCCUGGGGAAAGAACAUGGCUCUGGGCUCCUGCCCAAUGUGGGGACUUGGCUUUAA